AUGUCCCCGGUGAAAAUAACGAAGCCUAUACCGAGACCCUUCGCGGGGCCGGCGCCGGGCGGACGGGCGACUCCCCGUAGCCGGGACGCCUGGGGCCCGCCCGGCGGCGGUCACGGCCCCUUUGGGGACCCGGAGAAGAACUUUCAGCCCAAGAGCCUGCGGUUCUGGCUGAUUAUGAUUUCCAACUUUUUGGCCAUCUUCCUCGUCGCCAUCGACCGGACAAUCAUUGCCACGGCGAUUCCCCGCAUCACUGACGAUUUCCGGAGUUUGGGAGAUAUCGGUUGGUACGGCUCGGCUUAUAUGCUGACCACGGCGGCAUCGCAGUUGCUGUUUGGUCGUAUCUUUAAAUUUUACAACAUCAAAUGGACGUACCUUAUCGUCAUCGUGAUCUUUGAGAUUGGUUCCAUCAUUUGCGCGGCGGCACCGACGUCGGCAGUCUUCAUUACGGGACGUGCCAUCGCUGGGUUCGGAUCCGCAGGUAUCUUUUCUGGGUCGAUGAUGAUUAUGAUCCCGAUGAUUCCCCUCCCCAAACGGCCUAUCUUCCAAUCAAUCUUUGGCAUGGUUUUUGGCUUCUCGUCAGUGAUCGGACCUCUCGUCGGUGGAGGAUUCACGAGCAACCUAAGCUGGAGGUGGUGCUUCUGGAUCAACCUUCCCAUCGGCGGGGCGGCGCUCAUAGCCCUCUUCUUGUUCCUCGACGUACCCCACCAGCCACGGCCGCCCGCGACGCUGAAGCAGCACAUCCUGCGGCUCGAUCCGCUCGGCACCUUCUUCUUCCUCCCGUCCAUCGUAGCGCUCCUGCUGGCGCUGCAGUGGGGUGGCGCGACGUACCCGUGGAACGACGCGCGUGUGGUGGCGCUGUUUGUCGUCUUUGGCGUCAUGUUCAUCGGCUUCGCGGCCGUGCAGGUACUUAUGCCAGACACGGCGACGGUGCCGCUGCGCAUCAUCCGGCAGAGAUCCAUGUUGGCGGGUGCGGGUUUCAUGAUCUUCCUCUCUGGCGCCAUGAUGAUGGCAAUCUAUUAUGUGCCCUUGUGGUUCCAGGCCGUCCUUCGCGUGGAUCCUGUGAAAUCGGGCAUCUACACCAUUCCUCUGGUCCUCUCGAUCGUGGUAUCCUCAGUGAUUUCCGGAAUCGGUACGCAGAAGCUCGGGUACUACGUGCCGUCUAUGAUGCUCUGCCCAGCCAUCAUGGCAAUUGGCGAGGGCUUGCUGUCGACGUUCACGCCUAACACGCCGUCGUCUCGGUGGAUCGCGUACCAGUUUUUGACAGGUUUCGGUCUCGGGUUCGGCAUGCAGACGGUGAACCUAGCGGUGCAGACCGUAUUCCCGCCCGAGGACGUGUCGACAGGCAUCGCCAUCAGCUUCUUCUCGCAGCAACUGGGCGCCGCCGUCUUCGUGUCGGUAGGACAGUCCAUCCUCAACAACAUUCUGACGAGCCGGCUGGCGGGCAUUCCGGGCCUCGGAGACGGCGAGGGCGGCGGGCACUUGGUGGUGGAGAGCGGCGCGACGGAACUGCUGGAUCGGGUGGACGAGCGAUUUGUGCCGCUGGUGGUGGAGGCGUACAAUUUUGCGUGCACCAGGGUUUUCCUGACGGGUAUGGGGUUGGCGAUUGCCACUUUCCUCUGCGCGCUGUGCAUGCAGUGGAAGAGUAUCAAGAAGGGGCCCGGAGGGGCCUAG